AUUGUAUUCAAAAAUAUAUACCUUUUUUUUUUUGAGGUGACCUUAUCAAAUUUACAAGCUGCUUUUCUUUCCAAUUCACAAAAUUACUAUUCAGCUAUUGCUUUUAUACCAGUAAUAUUUCUCCGCCUUUCCAGUCGAAACAACGACGAAAAACAAACAUCGACAAGGAAAAAGAAUUAGUUGAGAUCUCCACCUUUUCAUAUUGUAUACCGAAUGCAUAGAUCUAGUAGAAGUAUAAAUCAAAGUCAAGAAGAUGAGAUAGCGAGCAUUGAUGCACACCUUGAGCAUGUCAACAAGAUUUUGAAAUGGAGUAUAGCCGAUUUAGAAAAGUUUAUGGGAUCCAUAAAAGCGAGAAUCUUUGCAGAAGAAACUUAUGUGAGUGCACUUGUGAAGAUUGUCAAGCAUCAUAACCUUACAGAGACAGCCAACAGUAGCAACACAAAUAGUGCAACAAAUCAUAAUAGCGCCGGAUUAUUUGAAAACAUCUAUGGAGAUUAUGUUACUUUAUUACAACGGUCCACUGCUCGCUAUGAAUCUUCAAUGGAAAAAACCAUCGAAAUUAGACGAGAGUAUAUUGCAUGUUUGAAAAAUCAACUAGAUAUAUUAACAAGAGUAAAAGAAUCUCAUGAGCAAAGAAGGAAGAAAGUGAAAACAGUACUCGGAGAAAAGAACGCCAAUUACAUUACAUUUCGAACGCGUGAUAUAGUCAAAUUACAUAGAGCAUAUCUUAACAAAUGUCAAGAAUAUGCAAGUUUACAGCAACAAAUAUCUAUGUCAUCAUCAUCAUCAUCAUCAUCACCACAGCAUAAUGACGAUGGAUCAUCAUUACACAGCAACGAUCUCCUCAGCCCACAAAUGGCUAGGUUAUCCACUGAAGAAUCACGAAUCUCUAGUGAAAGUGCUAGAAGUGAAGCACAUUCGAUAAGUGCUUUAUCUCUUCAAGAGGGUGCUACAUCCCCUCCCUCUUAUAACAGCAAAAAGAAUAGUAUGGCAGGUUUCUUGAGUCAGAUGAAAUCACAAAUAGCCAACGCAGCGGCAGCAGGUGAUCCUGCGAAGCAAGCCGCAAGAUUAGCAAAGUUGAAAAAGGACAUCAGUGAGACAGAUCACGAAUACAGACAAGGUAUACGAAUACUCGAAUUUUUACGAAAAAAACAAAUUGAAACAGCGGUUCAUGCAAUGAGACAUGUUGAAGCCAUCCUUUUAAGUAAAUCUGAAGCCAUUAAAUCAGUCUUUAUAACACUAUGUAAACAAGAGGAAGACUGCUCAAUGAAUGAACUGGAGAUAGUAAAGCAAAAUCUGAAUCUUGCCCAUCAUAUAGAUAGCAAAGCAGACACAGAUCGUUUCUUUGCUGAAUAUGAAAAAAUUGGAUUCACCCGACCUAAACCUGUUUACUACGAUAACUAUUACUACGGGCGAUGUAAAGAAAUAUUGUUUGGAUCAAGCUUGAACGAAUACGCGGCAGAUCAUCAAUGCACAGUGCCCAUUUUAGUGACAAAAUGUAUCAAUGCAGUCGAGCUGCAGGGCGGCUUGGAAAAAGAAGGCAUUUACAGAAUCUCGGGUAGACAAAGUGUUAUUGAUCACUUAAAGAAUGAGUUUGAAAAGGAUGAAGACUUGGUUGACUUGGAGAAUCGAGAUGUGUUUGUGAUUGCAUCCGUGCUGAAAAUUUAUUUGAGAGAGUUAAAACAUCCUUUGUUUAAUGUAUCUGUACAAGAACGAAUUGAAUAUUCCAGUAUUCUUGAUGAAAAGAAGCGUAAAGACAUUCUAGUACUGAAGCUGAGCUCAUUAUCGAAACCUCAUCGAGACACUUUGCAAGCCGUCAUAACUCAUUUGGCAAAAGUUGAACGUCAUUCCGAUUUAAACAAGAUGAACAUGAAGAACCUUUCCGUUAUAUGGACUCCGGCGCUUUUCCAUGAUCACAAUCAAGCCGAGACCGCUGGUGAAUGGUAUUCUGAUAAAGUAUUAGAGGAUCUUAUAAUAGAGCAUAAGACCAUAUUUUCAAUAGCGGAAGAAAGAGCAAUAGAACAACAACAGCUACAACAGCAGCAUCAACAGCAAGCAGCAGCAGCAGCAGCAGCAGCAGCAGCAGCAGCAGCAGCAACAACAACAGUAGGCCAUCCAGAUUCUUCGCCAUCCACUGGUCCUUCAUCAUCUUCAGCUAGUGUAUUAAGUUUACCCUAUUCCUUGAGUGGUCUCACCCGAAAAUCUUCACUUUCCAGACGGCCUACCAUUCUAAGGGCAGGGGCAAAUAAGCAGAAUAAUAUUCUACAUCAAAAUAAACAGAACGAUGAAUCUCAGUACAAUACCAACUCUAUCACACAAUCUCAAGCAGCCACUCCGUCACAACUGCAAACUACUGCAUCCCCGUCUUCAACUUCGCACACUGAUAAUGUUUCCACGAAUCAUCAUCCUAAAAUUACACGUACAGAUACUAUGGUUUCUCAUAUGUCGUUGUCUUCUUCUGCCAGUACAGCUGCAACAGCUACAACACCUUCUAUUAAAAAUGUUGAUUAUGGCCAAGAGUUACGACACUAACGAUAAAGACGAAAAAAGAAAAAAAAAAAAUUACACCUACGACUCGACGAUAUAUAUAGUUAGGAUACAGCAACAAGAUACACCUUAUACAUAUAUACAUUUAUCUUUGUAGUAUAUAGUCUAAUACAUAAUUCCCCCACUUACAACUAUUUUAUUCUCUUGCAGAAACAAGGAAUUUUUUUUCACUUUGCAUUUAUACAAUCUGUUCAUAUUCCAAUAUUAAAUUUUUGUCUAUAAUACAUUUCCGAUAAUAAGUCUCGUAUGUACGUUCCUUACCAGUUUCAAUAAAAGCAAGUUAUUUUUUUUCCCAAAGAAUCAAUUAGAUUCAAACAAGUGC